AUGGCCUUCAAUAAUGAAGAUCAAGAAAGUCUUCAUAACAGGCUAGCUUAUCAAAUUGGUGUGACCAAGCCUCCAACUGCCACAAAAUGUCGCCAAUUACUCCUGAAAUCUAGAGAAAUUUGUCUGCUUUUGUGGCCGAGCCCCAUCUCUGCCUACUUUGGCCUGAAUUCCGCACCGACUAAGUGCUGGGGCAGUACCGGUUAUCUAACUGGCCUUCGUGGAGUCGCUUGUCUGGCUGUCUUUACAGAGCAUUUUUUGAUGCGAUUCCAUCCUAAACUCCUCGACGAGUAUGGAGAGCAUCCAAAAUUUUACCAGUUACCAGGAAUUCGGCUUCUAUAUUCCGGUAGCGUGAUGGUAUCAAUCUUCUUCAUCAUCUCUGGAUUUUCCCUCUCGAUUGGGCCCCUGCGUACCAUAUACAAUCGGGACUGGGAGCAUUUUCACCAACUGAUGUUUUCGGCUGCCCUCCGCCGCCCUAUUCGAUUGAUUCUUCCUCCGACAGCAGUUACAUUUGUCGUCAUGAUCGGCGUGCGAUUCAGCCUAUAUCAAUCUCACUAUGAUAGCCCCAUUGACCUGGACUGGCGCGGCCCCAUCCGACAACCAACCUUUGCUCUCCAGCUGCUGGAUUGGGUGGAGUACGUCCUGGGCCGGUUGGUUUACCCAGGUGAGUGGUUGCUUCCACUUCCAACCGUGAGCCCGUCGGAGUAUGCAGUUCCACUGUAUACUAUCCCGCAGGAGUUGUGGUCAUCAUUCCUGCUGUUCAUUUUCAUCGUGGCUUUGAGCAAAGUCCGACCUGCAGUGCGCCUGAUCACGUUGUUUUUCCUGGUUAUGCUUUCUGCAUGGUGCAUGCGCAAGAAGAGCUCGUGUUUUCUUGUGGGUAUGGCCUUAGCCGAGCUCCACCUUCAUCGACACCUGUACCCGCCCCAGGAACAUUCCAGAUCUGCCUCGAAUCUCUGGAAAUAUUUAUCAGUGGGUCUCUGGUCCUUCGUACUUCUCUUGGGCAUCUGGAUGUGCUCCAUUCCUCAUACCCGCGGUGCGUACGGAUCCUCAAGCAUCGGCUAUCGAAUGAUUUCAAGAAUCAUUCCCUGGAAUUCCAAUGUCUAUACAAUUGGAGCUGCACUCGUGGUCCUAGCAAUCGAUCAGCUUCCCAUCGUGCAGGCCGUGUUUCGCACCUCGCCCGCGGAAUACCUGGGCAAAAUCUCCUUCUCCCUUUACAUCAUCCACUGGCCGAUCCUUGCCGCAUGGAGAUGGAGUGUGGUCCCGUUCAUGUGUAGGGUUACCGGUGAUCAUACAGCUCUGCGGUAUGGGGCCGGAUUUGCGCUCGCAGCUGUUUGUGUAACCCCCGUUGUGUUGUGGAUUGCAGAUAUUUGUUGGCGAUUGGUUGACGAGACUUCAAUACAGUUCGCUAAGCGCUGGGAGAAUAUGAUCUCCAUAGAAUAG